AUGAAUAUUACACAUGAGGGAGCUUUAAAUGGGACUGAGAGUAAUUUGGAGAGCAAGGGGCAACCGAGCAGACGGCCUACACUAUACAUAAGACAUGUUGUGGAUGUGUCACCACCCUUGAUUAGGGAAGAGGGGGAGGAAAAAUGGGAAGGGGAGGAAAGGAUGGGAGAAGGAAAAGGACAAACGGCACUCCUACUCAUCGGAAGAAACGCAGCCAUUAAAGACUACUUCACACUGAUCUUCUGUGAGAGGGUGGUACUUCCCCGGUCGAGCCAGCCCAUGUUCGAGCUGCAAUCACUUGACCACAGCUAG